AUGACAGUGACAGCACCGACUGAGGCCGCCACAGAGGCCAGCACCACCCAGGCGCAACUCGACGAGCCACCGCGGCCACAGGCAGGCCCGCUUCCGUCGAAACGCGGAGAGAUAGGCUUCGUGGAGGGUUUACAUGACCGUGGGGACACCGCGUCCGAGGCAAGUGCUUCGACCACUUCCCUCCCCGCCCACCACCCUGCCGACCGAGAGGGCCCGGCGGCGGCGGCAGCUGCAGCCGCAGGUACGAACGCGUUAGCAGCAGCAGGGUCAAGCACGCCCGCGAACGCAGCUCCUCGUCCUUCCUCGCCAAACGGAUCCACAGACACUGCCGGCAAACGCAGUUUCAUUUCAUUCCUUACACCGAAACGAAUACCCACCUAUGGCGGGCUCCGCCUCACAUCCCUCGCCGUCCUCAUCUUCCAAAUCUGCUUGUUCGGUGGAACACUCGCCGGCUGGGUGAUCCUCGUCCAGCGCAUGCAGAAGACGAAGCCAGCACCCGCGGUGGAGAGCACUGACGCGAACGACGGAACUGCCGGGUUGUCCGCAAUCUCCUCGCAGAUCUUCGUACACGUUGCGUUCGGUCUCACUGCGCUCGCGGAGCUCAUAUUCAUCGAGCGCUCCGUGUUCCGACUGCGCGCGGAGCGGUACGCGCACAUCCACCCGGGCGAGAUCCUACCUCGGUCGCGUCGGCCGUCGCGCGAGGCUGCACCUGCAAUGGCCUUCGCCCCAUGGAACCGGCCACCACUCCCGACGUAUGCUGCUGCGCUUGCGCAGAGCGGCGUAGGUACUGGAGACGUCGAGGAUAACAUAAUCGCUAUACCCCCUCCUCCGGCAUACGGCAAUACCCGUGGCAGUACGCUGCUCCUGGCCGGAUUCAUCAGCGACGCUCUGCGGUCGCAGCGGUCUCGCAACAGCGCAGCGUCGGCGGCGAGUCGUGCUACUCGCGACAGCGGCGUGAGCGGGCUAGCACCCAUGCAGGAGCGCGACCGGCCGAAGAGCUACAUGAGCACGGACCCGGAGUGGGAGGAGAUCUGUGACGCGGACCGAGCGUUGCGUCUGGAAGAGACUCUGUCGCAGCUGCAGGACGGAGAGGGCGAGAGGGCCAGGCGCUCCUAG